AGUCCGAAUACUCUCAGCCUAGAGGGUAGCCCCAAGCGCAUUAUUGCUCCUCGAGGCCGGCCAACCUCGAGAGUAAGAGGUGGUGGUCGCCAUGUCAACAUUCCCGGCCAGGUUGCUGUUGAUGCGAGCCCAACUGGAGUGAUCGAUACAAGACACGAUUCUGAGGAUAGUAGUGCACCACCUGAGGCAAAGAUGGUCAAAUUAGAGCUACCACAAAUCUCUUCCAGCUGGUUAGAAAAAGAGACCAAAUGUAUCAUCACCCAUCCACACAAGUCGCCCCCUUCCGUCUCUGAUAAAAACUUGAACGAAAACUCUGAGCCCAGUUUACCGGAUCAGACUUCUCUUUCUGUGGACCCGAUGGCGACAGACUCUUUAGAUUCACCACAGGAAAAUGAAAAUAUAAUGAGCAUUCCCGGACAAUUUGAUGUUCCCUUUAAGCCAGAGCAUCAUAUUACUUUGACAGAAUCCCCUUUAAACGGCACCAAACCUGAGAUAUCAGAGCCAGGAGUUGACACGCUUUAG